GAGCAGUCAGUGUGCGAGCGUUGGACGAGGAGGAUGUACGUGGACUUGACUCAACUCCCCUCCACAGACUCUUCCACCACUUCUCUUUCUCGAGUGAACUUUGCGGCUCCCUUUGGUGAUGAGGACAGGUGUUGGGGCGUGAGGUGCCGCUGGUGAGUGCUGCACACCAGUGACGACAGUGCCAGGGUGUGGAAAUUGGUGUGGCCUGUGAUAUUUAGUGAAAACUUGAGGGUUGAUUGAGAGUUGGUGCGCUAGGGAAGUAGUCACCUGUGUCCCGCUGACGGCGCCGCCCCCAGGGACUCCCGAAGGAUCCUGCAGUGAGAUGGUGUGGCAGGCCAACGCGGCGUGAUGCGGUCCGGGCAGUACAAGCUGACGGGGGCGGGGACGCGGGGGGGUCAUACCGGACGUCACGUUGGGUCAGUUCCGGUCCAGCCAGUGUGACCUACCGUCCCCCUCCAGCGAAUUCCCGCACCUCAACUCCCUGGUGGUGACGAAGAGCAAACUGGCAGACGGCCGCCCCGUGAACAAGAGCUGUGAGAACCUGAGUUUGACUGGCGGCGGGGCGAGGGGCGCCGUCACCCGUGUGGAGCAGCGCGUCAAGAACCUGCUGCAGCGCGGGGAGUCUCGGCUGCGGCAACACUCCCAGGGCGCCGCCACCGCCGAGGACGUGUGGCAGUACGGCCACGUGGUGACACUCCCCCGCAGACCCCGCCUCUCCCUGGCACUCUCCCACUCCGCCCUCAACCACAUCACCUCCGACACCGCCUCCUGCCUCAGUGCCAGCAGCGGGUACUCCUCCUCCUCCUCCAGCAACUACGGCAGCUUCAAGAGCAACACCUCCAGCAGCUGCUCCACUCUGCCCAGACACAAGCCCGGCCAGCCGCCCUCCCCUCACCCCUCCCGCCCCGUCACCCUCGUGGACAACCCCAUGUACGACAUGACGCCCUCCGUACUGAAGCGCCCCCGCUCCCCCCCGCCAUCGCCCCCCCACCACAUAUACGACGUCACCCCAGAUAGUGACUACGACGCGUGUCAGGACGCGGCAACACGGAACGACCCUCUUUAUGACACCAUCCCCGCCCACCUCACAGCCCCGCCCGCACGCCUUCUCACCCCGGACUCGGGCACGCAUGGCGGCCUGGACUCGCUGGAAGAGUCCGCCCCGAACUCCCUGGAGUGCGGCGAGCUGCGUGCCGCCGAGGACCAGGUGGCGCGGCAGUGCCGGGAGUACUUCGAGCGGCGCCUCAAGAACUCCGAGAACCUCAAGAAGCGAUGGUCCAUGUGCUCCUCAGACUCCGGGGCGGAUUCUGGGGACAGCGACUCUUCCCCCCAGGGCAUGAUGCUCUCGCCAGACCCCAACCCCAUCCCCGCACCGUCACAGUCCUCCUCGCGUGUCUCCAACGACUCCCAGGACGCCGCGGCCGCCUCCGCCGCCGCCGGCACGUCAGGGAAGACUGCGCUCGACCACAAGAUGGAAUUCCUUCGCAAAGAAAUCGUGAGUGUUGCUUCCAGUUGUGUUUAUGUUGAGGGGAAGGGUGAGGGAGGGAGCGAAGCAGGCCAUGUCAGGGUGAAGGUUUUCCUUGCCGUGUCCUGUCGCCCCUCAUAGACGACCUUGUGGCAG